AUGGCACCAAAUGCACAGAAACACCCGCCUGGAUCGAGGCAGACGAUGAUCCUGGUGAACAACCUGCAUUGCCCGUCCUGCGUCGUUAAUAUCGAAGAAACCCUUUCCGCUCUUGACCCGCCUCCGCUCUCCAUAUCAACCUCGAUUGUGCUACACGAGAUCAAGAUCGUCCACCCCGAUACGCUCAGUUCAUCCCGGAUUAUCCGUUCUCUCGCAGAUGCCGCCUUUGAGAUUGACAGCGUGCUGCCUUCGAACGAGAAACUUGACGAUGCUCCACGAUCAAACCCUCCGAAAACGGAUUUACAGAAGCUACAUAUCCAAAACUCGUGCGUGAGCAAGAUCACCGGUGCAAUACAGGAAAAGCCUUGGGUCCGAUCUGCAGAUGUCAACCUGUUAACCAGUAGUGCUUCUGCUAUCCUGCUGGAUGGGGCUCGCGUGGAUGAAGCUCUCAAGACUGUCAGAGACGCUGGAUAUAAUGCGGAACUGGUUGACAGGGAAGAGAUCCAGCCCCCCAAACCGAGCAAGCCUCCUGUUGCUCCAGCGGAUAUGUGGCGGGCAUCGUACGCCAUCGGUGGCAUGUCUUGCAGCUCCUGUGUUGGCAAUGUGACGGAUGCUUUGAACCAUUAUGACUGGAUCAUUAAGGUUCAUGUAAACAUUGUAUCCAACAGUGCGACGGUGGAGUUCCAAGGAAAGGGCCAUCUGGAACAGAUUGUCAAUAUCAUCCAGAGUCUGGGUUAUUCUGCGACGCUCAGUGACAUCGAUAACAUGGCUCCCUCGGACUAUGACGGCGAAAGCCCCAGGCAAUCGGUUACCAUUCAGAUAGACGGUAUGCACUGCGCACACUGUCCGAAGAGGGUCCUGGAGGCCCUGGCCACCUACUCAAAUCGAGUCGAGGUGACUGACCCUCCAACUGAGACAAGUUCUAAGCUCACGGUGAGCUACAUCCCGGAAGCUCCCCAUUUCACCAUCCGGCAUAUCCUUCAAACCAUUGCCGACGUCGACAAAGCUUUCACAGUGUCCAUUUACCAUCCACCAACACUGGAAGAGCGUUCACACGCGAUGCAUCGCCGACAGCAGUGGCAGAUCGCGAGUCGGCUAAUCUUGGCCGCUCUAUCUGCCAUCCCGACAUUUAUAAUCGGCAUCGUGUACAUGUCUCUGGUCUCCAAGGACAAUCCCGGCCGAAAUUAUCUCGAGGAGCCCAUGUGGUUUGGCCAGGCUACCCGAAGCGAGUGGGCUCUGCUGUUCACCUCCACGCCGGUUUACUUCUUUGCUACGGAUAUCUUCCACCGCCGCAUGCUCACGGAGCUCAAGGCGCUAUGGCGACCUGGUAGUCAGACGCCAAUCCUCCGCCGUUUCUACCGUUUCGGAAGCAUGGAUAUGCUCAUGUCUCUGGGAGCCUCGAUCGCGUAUUUCUCGAUUGCGUUUCUGGCUAUCAAUGCCUCUCGACCUGCCGACGAUGGUCAUUCGACUCAGAACAAGUCGUUUUUUGAUGCCGUCGUCUUCUUGACCAUGUUCCUGAUGAUUGGCCGCCUGCUCGAGGCGUACAGUAAAGCCAAGGCUGGUGACGCGGCGAGCUUGUUUAGCAAGCUGAGGCCCACGGAAGCUGUUUUUGUCGACCACGACGCAAGGAACGGUAACGCUACCGUCCCGAUUGACCAGCUCGAGAUUGGGGAUGUGGUACGGGUCGCGAAUGGGGCCUCUCCGCCUUAUGAUGGGAUCAUGCCUGACUGGAGAGUCGAAACCCGUUUCCAAAAAGAAAAAACUGACGACGACAUUUUCUCGGGAACGACCAACCAGGCGAACCCUAUCACCAUGAAACUCACCCGGCGGCCUGGGGACUCGAUUCUCGACCAGAUUAUCGACGCUGUUCGCCAAGGACAGACCCGGAGAGCCCCCAUCGAGCGUGUUGCAGAUGCGAUCACUGGAUUUUUUGUACCUAUGAUAACCCUAAUCGCCAUCUUGGAUUGGAUCAUCUGGUUGAGUCUCGGUGUAUCUGGCAGGCUGCCCGAGGAUUGGAUGGACAAUAACGUUGGCGGCUGGCCGUUUUGGUCGCUACAGUUCGCAAUCUCUGUCUUUGUGGUGGCCUGUCCCUGUGGUAUCGGCCUCGCUGCCCCGACCACUCUGUUUGUUGGCGGUGGUCUCGCGGCUAAAUAUGGCAUCUUGGUCAAGGGCGGUGGUGAAGCUUUUCAAGAAGCGAGUCAUCUCGACUGCAUUGUCUUUGACAAGACAGGGACGAUUACUGAAGGUGGGGAACUAGCGGUUACUGAUCACCAGACGCCCUAUGAAGGAGAAAUUGACAAUGUUUGGGGGGCGUUGUUGGAGCUCGAGCAGAACAGUAGCCAUCCCAUUGCACGAGCGAUGGUCUCUUUUGCUGCGUCGAUGAGCCCGCUUGCCCUUUGGGCUUCUGCUGUGAACGAAAUACCAGGAAAGGGGAUGAAGGGUUCGUUUCUAGCCACUGCCAGUACGGAGUCACAUCUCGACAUGAUUGUGGGAAAUGAGGCCUUGAUGCAUGAUCACGACGUAGCCAUUUCCUCCACCAAUGCUGCGGCACUGGACUCCUGGAAGUGCGAGGCGAAAUCCGUCGUCCUCGUUGCAGCGAAAACCCGUCCUAAUCCAACAACCAUGAGUACAGCGCCAUGGGAACUCGCCUUGGUGCUAGCCGUCGCCGAUCGCAUCCGACCAGAAGCCAGCGACAUCCUCCAAGCCCUACGAGAUCGAAAAAUCGUAGCAUGGAUGAUCUCCGGCGACAACCCAACAACAGCACACGCAGUGGGCAAGACCGUCGGAAUCCCACCCGAGAACAUCAUCGCCGGCGUCCUACCCGAGCAAAAAGCCGACAAGAUCCAAUACCUCCAAAAGACCCUCCACGGAACAGGAACAACCUCCAAACGCGCCCUCAUCGCCAUGGCAGGUGAUGGAAUUAACGACUCCCCCGCGCUGACGGUAGCUGACGUGGGCAUCGCUAUCGGGUCCGGUUCCGAUAUUGCCAUUUCCUCUGCUGAAUUUGUUCUGGUUACUUCCGGCCUUGGGUCUCUGUUGACGCUGGUUGAUCUCAGCCGGGCUGUGUUCCGACAUAUCAAGUUUAACUUCGGGUGGGCGUUGGUGUAUAACUGCGUUGCUGUACCGGUUGCUGCUGGCGUUUUCUAUCCUAUUGUCAGCAAUGGGAGUCAUGUGCGGUUGGAUCCGGUCUGGUCUAGUUUGGCUAUGGCGCUGAGCAGUGUUAGUGUGGUUUGUAGUAGUCUGUUGAUGAGGACUCGGAUUCCGUUGGUGGGCUUUCGGUCGAAGAAGAUAAAGGCCCUAGAUACUCAACUUAGCAUCCAUUUCUCGGAGGAUGAUGCGCGAUUGAGACAAGAAGAAAUACAGCUCAACCAAACCCUCUUUGUACCUACAUGA